UGAGCUCAAAGAAAAAUUCCCCUCUUGAGGCUAACGAGCGGAAUUAGGAAAAACAGAAUGAUAGUAAUUCAUUCAGAAGCGGUGUGUGCUGCUGCAACCAUGAUCACUGCGGCAAGUUUGGUGCUGAUUGUGUUGGAAUUGUCGCUUUUCGGGUCAAAUCAAGCCACCGUUGACAUAGUGGGGGUCCAGUGUGGAGUUCAACCGAUAGGGCCCGAAGAGCUGGCCGAAAAGGAGAUCGAUGCGCUUCCGGGAGAGUGGCCAUGGCAUGCGGCGAUCUACCAGAUCGGACUCAAUGGAACCCAAUACGUGUGUGGUGGAACGAUGAUCGAUGAACGGUUCAUCGUAACCGCAGCGCAGUGUGUUUGUGAUCGAGAUAGGGGAGUAAAGCUGAGCAACGAAGCGGUCCUGGUGCGAUUGGGAGUUUUGAAUUUGGGUGCUUCGGUUCAGUUGAUGUCGCAGCAGUAUUCGGUGGAGGAGAUUAUUGUUCAUCCGAUGUUUACACUGGGUGACUAUCGAGCGGAUAUUGCAGUAUUGAAGUUGAGCUUGGUGGUACGGUUUAGCUACUAUGUUCAUCCGGUAUGCGUAGACCAAGAAGGUGAAUUGCGCGAGUCCCCUGGGACAUUUGUUGGUUGGGGCUCGGCUAAUGUGACCAGUGAUCUCAACGAUUUACAACUUCCAAUACAUAGUGGAAGCGCUUGUCCUUCGAUCGACGAAGGAAGCUUUUGUGGAGGAUAUGCGAACUUUACCUAUGUGUGUUCCGGAGACAUUGGAGGUGGGAUAUAUACCAAUAAUAUGAAAACUUGGAACCUUGUGGGUAUUCUGACUAUGCUUGGAGAUAAAAAUGUCGAUAAUGAGAAGUGUCGCAUUGAUGGAUAUGCUACAUUCAUAAAAGUCAAUAAUUACAUACCGUGGAUUGAGAAGGUGACAAAACUAGAACUGGUGGAGAAGGACGAUGAUUACAAAUUCGUAAUACCAAAUGGUAUCCCCGCCCAAAAGUGUACAGUAAAGGAAAUUGAGGAUACAAACUCGAGUUUUAAUCAUCUUCCACAAGACUGUGGUCGCUACGUGGUUAAUCGAAUUCUACAGGGCCAAAAGACGGAGUUAUUUGAAUUUCCCUGGAUGGCCAUAGUUCGUUAUUUGGUGGCUCCCAUACAUGAAUUGGAAAAUCUUUGCGUAGGAAGUUUGAUCAGCAAACGUUACGUUCUAACGGCGGCACAUUGCGUGAAGGAGAGUAAAAAACCAUACCAAGUGAGAUUGGGCGAACAUACCAUGGAUCAAGAAAAAGACUGUCGUCUGGAUGAGGAUCGAGAAUGUGCUCCACCUGUACGGGAUUACGGUAUAGAAUGCAUCGUGCAGCACCGGGGCUAUAACAAGCGAUUACAACAGAACAACAUUGCUCUGAUCCGCCUAGACCAGGAUGUUACGUUCGAAGAUCACAUCCAACCAAUCUGCCUUCCUACUUCACCGCACCUGAAGGCGUUGCAACUACCGCGGUACAUCGUAACCGGUUGGGGUGACACGGACGAUGGUGACAAAUCGAUGACCCUACUGAAGACCAUGCUGCCUCAGGCUAAUCGUUCCGAAUGCCAAGCGUGGAUGAGCCUACGAGGCCUACAGCUGACAGAGGAACAGCUGUGCGUAGGUGAAACGGAUGGAGCGGAUACCUGCAAAGGCGAUGGAGGAGCCCCUCUCGGGUACAGUGCAAAGUACAAUCGAGGAAUGCAUUUCGUACAGUUCGGUAUCGUAUCGUUCGGGUCGGGAUGUGGAGUGGUGCCUUCGGUUUAUACGAGGGUUGCUAGCUAUAUGGAGUGGAUAACGGCUAAUAUGCAGCCUUGAAAAGGUUAGGAAAAUAGUCGAAAACCUACAGAGCUUGCAGUCAGAUUGGAGCCAGGGUUAUUUGUACACUCCCGCAGAAGAAUUGAAGAUCAGUUCGAAUACUAGAAAUAAAAAAAAGAUAUUUUAUUUUAUUGACAAAGGAAUGAAGAGUAUGUUGCGAGAAUACUGUUCAUGGAACGGUGUAUUCUUCAAUAUAGACUAUGCUAUAUUAGCGUGGUUCAGAAAAUUGUUUUUGCUCCACACCGCUUUUUCUAUUCAUAACCAGAAAGUAUGCCUUCUCCCAAAAUUUGAGCUCAUUUGGUUGAAAAUUGAGACUGCACAAGACCUUCAAAUUAUUACUAUGGGGGAUUACUAUGGGAAAACGAUGUUUUUCAUUCAAUCGACCGUAGCAUUUCCCCAAGUGUCCUAGAGGGUUAGUUGACCCUUGAUACUUCUAGGCUACUCUAUCAGCUAUAACUUUGCCGAAGACCGUAUUCAAAUCGCAUACUUAAUUAAUAAGUUACCGAUUUUUAUCCAGAACAGAAAUUUUUACUCAUGUUGGUUUGAACUGUUCGGUGGGCAUCACUGCAUUUUCCAGUGAAACAUAGUAGCCAUAAUUUUAGUGUGGUAUCUUUGGCGCCAUAUGCAGCAAUGUUGCCUGCUGAGAAGCUGGAGGAUCACUGUUAAAGUUUCUCCAGUUGGAUACAAAUUGAUUACUGAUUAAUGAGGUGUCCGAUUUGAACGCGGUCUUCGGCGAAGUUGUGUCUGAUAGAGUAGCCUAGGAGUACUCUAACCCUCUAGGACACUUGGGGAAACGCUACGGUCGAUUGAAUGAAAAACAUCGUUUUCCCAUAGUAGUUCCCAUACAAACUUUGAAGGUCUUGUGCAGUCUCAAUUUUCAACCAAUUGAGCUCAAAUUUUGGGAGAAGGCAUGGAAUCUGGUUAUGAAUCAAAUAAGCAGUAUGGAGCAAAAGCGAUUUUUUACCGACGCAUGCCAUAGUAUAAUUUAGAUCGACUGAAGCAGCUUUUUGUUACAAAAACUGCUUAAACUCAUCCAUGACAAAUUUGUUUCAGUGUUAUCGACAGUGUAAUCGUUUUAGGUUAAUAUAUAGCAAAGUCACACUUUCAGUUAUUAAGAGACAAUUCUGAAAACCCGAAUGACGGUUGUGGUUAAAAUAUUAAUACAUUGAUAUCCCGUUGAUGCCAAUCGACCAUCUUAUCAGCACAAAUCGUCAACUACCUUUAAAUUUGUGCUCGUAAAAUUCAUCGUGUGACCUUAAGUCCCACGUGAAGAAUAUAACCGUAACGUAUAAUUCCUGACAAAUACACGUGACAUUAGUUAAAUCUCAAGCGACUGUACGUU